UCAAACUCCAACAUGUACAAGCUCCUGAUCCUCUCUGCUCUCGUAGCCGUGGCUUUCGCCGCCUCCUACGAAAAACACGAGUCUCACGAACACGCUUACUCGACCCAGAACCAAGUCAACUACGUCAAGCAUUCUGUUCCAGUCGAGAUCAAAGUCAAGUCAGCUCCAGUAGUCCACCAUGUCCCAGUCGUAUCUCACGUUCCAGUGGUACAUCAUGUUCCAGUGGUACAUCAUGUCGAAGCUCCAGUGUACCACCAUUAAAUUUCAACUUCCAACAUAAACAUCAUUUCCGAACAUCAUCCAUCAAAAUUUAUUUAUAUAUUUAUUAUUUUUGGC